UGCUGUCAACGCAUGUUUGUUCCCUCUGUGUGCCACACAUGGCCUGGCUGUCACCACGGUAGAGGGAGUAGGAAACCCGGCUACAGGAUUACACGCCGUGCAGCAACGUCUUGUAGAAUCACAUGGUCUUCAGUGUGGCUUCUGUACACCUGGUUUUGUUAUGUCGGCGUUUGCACUGCUGAGAAACAAUCCUAACCCAACCCGGGAACAAGUGGAACGCGCUGUUGAAGGAAACUUGUGCAGAUGUACCGGAUAUCGCCCUAUUUUGGACGCUCUCCUUACAUUUAGUCAGGAUAAUUGUCCAAUGGGAGAUGCAUGCUGUAAAAAUUCUUCUGCAAGUAGCACACGCAAUGAGGCAUCAGAUGAAAGUACAGGUGAUCAUCAAGUGUCGAUAUUCCCUCCAGAACUGCAGCUUCACGAUGAAUAUUUCAACAAAGAAGUACAGUUUACCGAUGGUGAAUAUACGUGGUAUAGACCAGUGAACCUGCAACAGUUACUCGUGCUGAAACACAAAUACACACGUGCUCCAAUAAUAAUGGGGAACACAACAACAGCUCGUCUCCUCACGGAAGGUGUUUUUGAUGAUGAAAAGGUUCUUCUAUACGGAUUUAAUAUUCCUGAAAUCAAUUUUUUUUCUGUAACGAAAGACGACUUGAUCGUCGGUGGAGCAGCCACAGUGUCAGAACUUGCAGAAUAUCUGGAAAACGUUGCAGGUACAUUAACAGAUGAAGAACAAAGACACAUAACGGUCAUUCUAGAAAUGGCGUCAAGAUAUGGGGCUGAACAAAUCAGGAACGUUUCGACUUUGGCCGGAAGUUUGAUGUGCGGCCGUUCCAACUCGGAUAUAAAAACGUUGUUCAGAGCUCUUGGCACAAGAGCUAGAGUUGUUUCAAUUAACGGCUCGAGAAUGGUAGCAUUGAAUGGUCUGGACAUCAAAGACGAAGAAGUGAUUGAAGCAAUACAUAUCCCACUUGCUUCAAAGGAUGAAUGCAGCGCUUUCUACAAAAUGUCAGAAAGAAGGUCCUUCUCCCUCGCCAUAGUUAAUGCUGGAAUGUUUGCAAAGGUUGACGGAGAGAAAAAGAUCAAAUGCCUUAGGUUAUGCUACGGCGGUAUCUUCAAAGAGUCAUGUAUGAUAGACAAAGUGUCACAGGUGGCAGUUGGAAGGUCAUGGGAUGAUACUUUAUUACAUGAUGUCCUAGCAAUAAUAACUGAAGUUCUUAGCUUCGACAAUGGUCAAAAUGUAGAUAGCUACAAAUUAUCCGUCGCCUCUGGGAUUUGGUUUAAAUUUUUCAGCAAAGUACAAGCAGAAAUAAAGUUGUGUGAACCCAAUGAAUCCUUGGCACGUCCAGUAUCUCUGCCCCCGUACAGCGGCAGGCAGGUGUUUGAUCCUUGCACAGAUGACGGCCAGAAAGAGGAUGAUGCUCUGGGUCGAACUGUCCCUAACGUUCAUUCUGAAGCCACAGUAUCAGGAGAGGCUAUAUAUGUGGAUGAUUUACCUCGGCAACAAAAUGAGCUGUUUGUGGCCCUUGUCAUCAGCAGUGUAGCCCACGCUAAAGUUCUAAAUGUUGACACAAGUAAAGCUUUGAACCUUCAAGGUGUUCACGGGUAUAUAGACCACAGAGAUAUUCCAGGAAGAAAUGGAUUCGGAGUACUUGUUCCAGAUCAGGAGAUAUUUUGCUCUGGAGAGGUGUUGGCUGUUGGCCAGCCCAUAGGUGGUAUUAUUGCAGAAAGCCGUGAAAUAGCACUGAGGGCUGUUUCUAUGGUAACAGUUGAAUAUGAGGAAAUGACGCCAAUAUUAACUAUACAGGAUGCCAUAGAGAACAAUUCAUUCUACGGAAAGCCACAGUGUUUAGUAGAUGGUGAUGUAGAUCGCGGGUUGGCUGAAUCUGAGCACGUCAUUACAGGAGAAUAUCAAACCGGACUUCAAGAACAUUUUUACCUUGAACCUUAUGCAGCACUGGCUAUACCAAAAGAAAAUCAGGAGAUUGAAGUCAUAUGCACAACGCAAAAUCUUAGAGAAGAACAAGCUCAGGUGGCUAACCUAUUGAACAUUGCUCAGCAUAAAGUCACGUGCAGAGUGAAACGUCUUGGUGGCGCUUUUGGUGGAAAGGAAAGUCAAGCGAUGUAUGUAAUUGGAGUUACAGUAAUUGCUGCAAUAAAAUCGAAACGACCUGUACGGUGUGUGUUUCCGAGAGCGACAGAUAUGAUGGUAACAGGAAAAAGACAUCCAUUUCUCGGGAAGUAUAAGGUUGGUUUUGACAAAAGUGGAAAAAUAACGGCAUUAGAUCUGAAAUUUUACAGCAAUGGUGGAUAUUCGCUGGAUCUUUCAAGCAUUGUAAUGGAAGUCUCGAUAGCAUCGUUUGGGUCUGGUUACAAGGUCAAGGAUAUUCGAGUUGAGGGAUAUGUAUGCAAAACAAACACGCCUUCUAACACGGCGUUUCGAGGGUUCGGACAUCCACAGGCGGUGCUCAUUAUGGAAGAUAUCCUAUUCAAAAUCGCUAAUUACCUAAAUAUUAAUUCACAGCAGGUCCGGGAGGUCAACCUCUACCAAGAAGGUGAUUCUAUACCGUAUGGAACAAAACUUGUGAAAUGCACUAUACCACAGCUUUGGCAAAAAUGUAAAUCUGAGAGCAAUUUUGAGAACCGCCAAGAAAACAUUGAAAGCUUCAAUAGGGAAAGUAAAUGGAAGAAACGAAUAUCGAUGACGGCCUCCAAAUUUGGUGUUGGGUUUGGUGUUAGUUUUAUGUAUCAGGGGGCUGCUCUGGUUAAUAUAUACACAGACGGAUCUGUGUUGGUAGCUCACGGUGGGAUUGAGAUGGGCCAAGGUCUUAAUACGAAAUUAAUACAGGUUGCUUCACGCGUUCUUGGAAUACCAAAGGAAAAGAUUCACACAGUUGAAAGCAGUACAAGGGAGAUUCCAAACGCCACAGUUACAGCCGGUAGUAUGGGCACAGACCUGUAUGGUCCGGCUGUCAAGGAUGCUUGUGAAACACUCAACAGGAGACUCAGUCAUUUGAAGGAAACGAUGCCAGGAGCUACAUGGGAAAAACUGAUAUUUACAGCCUUUUUCCAACGGAUACAGCUGUCGGCUACAGGAUUUUACCGUCCAUACCAAGAAGGGGAUCUUGACUUUGAAAAGAAAGUUGGAGCUCCUUUUGAUUAUUUCACUUAUGGAGUGGCUUGCACGGAAGUGGAAAUUGAUGUCUUAACUGGAGAAUGCCAGGUACUGCAAGCAGAUUUACAUGUUGAUAUUGGUAAGAGUUUGAAUCCUGCGCUAGAUAUCGGUCAGAUUGAAGGAGCUUUUGUACAGGGACUAGGAAUGGUCACUUCAGAAAGCAUGGAGAUAGAUGAGAAAGGCCGCAUUGACAACUGCAGCCCUCUAAGCUACAAAAUACCAAAUGUUAAAAGUAUUCCGCGGAAACUGGUGGUUAACUUGAUAAAAAAUCAUGAUGUUGUGGUCAAUAUCUAUUCCUCAAAGUCUGCUGGAGAGCCGCCGUAUAUUUUAUCCCUGUCGGUCAUUACUGCAAUUAAAGAAGCAAUACUUGCUGCACGUGCUCAGAUUGGCAAGAUCGGAUACUUCCGGAUUGACUCACCAGCUACUGUGCACAGGAUACAGGAAGCGUGUGGACAGCAAAUCAAAGUUUAACAUUAAUGACGACAGUGUGCAACUAAACAAUACGCAUGCAAACAACAAAACAGGUUUAUUAUAUAUAAAUUUAUGGUGAAACAAAAGUGAUUGCAGAAUUUAUUACAUUUGAACAGAAAUUUUGCUAAUAAGAAUAAAUUUAGUGUGCUCUGAAAAUCAAGGUAUAAGCUUUUAAUUCUUAUGUUAAGAUAUUGCUUUAGAAUACACUACGGACAUACUGGCACCCGCAUGUGAAAAUUUAACGCAAAUAUUCUUCUUGCGGAGAUACAUACAAUAUAUUCAACCAAUAAUGUCAGGCAAAUAAUGAUUACGUUUUCUAGUAAUUUCGCGCGCGGUAAUUCAGUAAUCUGUUUGUUGUAAUAGACACGUGUAUAAUAAUUGACUUUGUUUCUCAUAAAGAAUACGUAUUACAACAAUGCUUGUUACAGCAACAGUUUUGUGUAUUCCAUACUGCAUAUGAUAAUAGGAAUACACAGUCAACAACCAGAAAAACACAUUUAAACCUGUUACAUAGUCAAGUUAAUGAUUUUUGUACCAUCAAGCGGCUGUAUAUAAUUGUAUAUUCUAGGUUGUUAUAUUUUUAGAUAGGUUGUUACACUUUUAGAUAAUGCUUAUCUUGUAAGAGCGCUGGAAUUAUACCAGUUCAACUAUAUUUUAGACAAUGUUGAUUUCGUAAUAGCGUUGGAAUUAUUCCAUAUCGUUGACAUAAGAAGUAUUUACAUAUAAUGGUUUUAUCUAAACUGGCGUUAGUUUUCAUGCUCCAACGCAGUUGAUUAAUAUUCACCAGUUACGUAAGAUGUGCGUCAGUGUGACGUCAAUCGGAUUGCGAAAGCUAUCCGCAAAUAUGGAAGUGUGGUGUAACUAUACGCGCCAUAAUAUUGUGCGCUACUUAUAGUUCGGUUUUGAGGUGAGCGAUGUUUGUAUACUUUUAAUAAUGGGACGGUCCGUUAUUUAGGUAGUGUUAUUCAGUACGAUAGUAUUUCUUACCUAAAUAAGGCAAAGUAAAUCAUGCUGACUACCAUAAUCGGUAGACGAGUAUAUAAAUUGAACCACCAAACUACAUGCGAACUUUUGGUUUGCUUGCCUACGUGAUGAUAGCGUCUAAAAUACUGUCGCGUCUCGUUCUAUGUUUAUCAGUGUUUACAAAAUAAAGCGUCAUAUCGGUUUAUAAAAGUCCACGAGAAAAACUGCAAAAAAAUCGAAUGUUCCCAUAAUUCUGGAAACUAUAAUCUGGUCAACCAUUAUGUUUCAUGUAAAUGUAUGAAAAAGUGGCGGCAUUUUGCCUUUCGGUGAUAAAUUAUUUUAAAACUUACAAAUCACAACGUUUGAGUUAGUCGCUUUAAACCAAAUAUUAGCAAAAAAAUGAACGAUAAAGUACCAAAAAGGAAAAAAAAUAUUUUCAAAACACGUCUAGCAUCUGUCAGAUUUUUUCGCGCAGCCAUAAAUCGUCUUUGUUUUGCUAGCCGCUGACGUCGGUGCGGGUUCAAUUUCUUUCCUCUGAUAAACACAUUUGUUUAUACUGUAGUUAUUUGAUAUCAUAUUAGUAUAAACCCAAGGAAGACCAUAUAAAUCAUUUUAACCAAAUGAAGCGAACUAAUAAAAAAAUUAAAUAAUUGUUUGACGGUUCAAAGCAAAAAAAGUUAAUAAUAACCACGAUUCUAAUGUAAUAUACUAUAUGUGUUUACUUUUGUUUGUUUAUUAUAACACUUUUAUACAUCAGACGAAACAAUGACUCUACUUGGUAUUGAGUUUACAAAACACCAAAAAGCAAUGCUGCAGCAACAAGUCCAAGGUCAUAGACCGUAUGAAAUGCGCCUACAUUCUGCAAUGUGACUUUGUCUGUUUUCUUCAAUACAAAUUCUAGCGCGAAUUCCUUCAAAUGUGCUGCUCGAUAUGAAUGCAAACUCGCCGUCAAACAUGAAACGUUGUGCGAUAAUAUUAUAAAGUGUUUUCUCGUCUCGGCUUAGAAUAAAUUCAAACUGAUUCAGUUCGACCUGGACACAAAGAUAGAGCUUUGUGAUCAAAUGCAGUUCUCCUAUAAUAUUCAUACUUUUGUACACGAGGCGGUACAGCGGUUGCUCGAGACUCUCGGAAAGAUUCCCAAGACUGACUUGGCUUCGAUAUCAUUAUCUACAAAGUCUAUCUUAGAAGAUGGCAUAAAGUUUGCUUUAAGAACAAUCGUGACAUUGUUAUGUUUUAACAACCAUUCUCUCGUCACCGUCCUUUUUAUAUUUUGCACGAUACGCCUCGGAUCUACUCUUGAUAGUUUUGCACUAAUUAUGGCUAAGUAAGAUAAAGUGUCUUUUUUCUGUGACUAUUUUUACCACAGUUAUGGCCCGUUGAUAGUUUUUGCUGUAUGGAAUAUAGAGAAAAGUUUUGGGUAUCCAACUCCUCCCACCCUGUUCGCCUGAUUUGCUUUAAACUUUCAUAAUUGAACAAGCUUGAUGUACUGAUGACCAAAAAUGAAGAAAUAUUUUCUGUAAAUAUUUUUACUGUAGUUAUGGCCCUUUGAUAUUUUAAGCUAAAUAGAGAAAUGCACAGUAUGUGGGAGCAUCCGUGUCCAAUGGACACAAUUCUAGUUGUUCGUAAAAGCUCUUUUUAGGAACAGUUUAUUUAUUUAAUUCAAAUACCACUUAAAUGGAACAACGACGGUAAAUACACUUAAAAAGACUAUAUUAAGCAGAAACUAAUUAACGCAACAAUAUUCAUUACAGGAACAGCAGUUGCAGAAAAGUAAUUACAGAAACAGUAUAUUCAGCAGUAUUUAUGUUAUUAUUCCUGGCAGAUAACAGUGUUACUGCUUCUUAUUUUAGAAUAUUCUGUAUAUGUAUGCUUAUAUUCAUGGCAGAAAAAAAUGUUUAUCGAUACUGGUACUGAUGAUAAACCCGAACAGAAAAUGAGGUUUUUUACCUGUAACUUUUUUAUUUCUGCAAAUUGAAAUCAAUGGUCGGUAUCAAAAUAAAGCUUAACCUUUGCUGAAAACUUUACAUAAUUCAGAUUUAUAUUUAGUAAGCAAACUCACACGAAGUGAGGGCCUGAAAGGGGUAUGUAAAAAGGGGACUGUAUGAACGUUGACUGAUGAUAAAUUCGAACACUUUGUCAUUUACAAAAUUUUCUUGGUAUUAUAAUAUUGAAGUUUCCCCAAAAAGCUGCAACAGUCAUUCCUGAAAAAGUAAUGAAAAGUUAACAAAUGUCAGGCCUUCAUGUUUCGACAGUGAGCAUGCGCAAAAAAACACCCUCUUCCCCAGUAAUUUUGGAUAAGUAUUUUUAAUACAAAUUUAUGUAAGUCAUUUAUUUAUACAGAAUAUUUACCAAUUUUGUUUUUGUUUACACCAGAUGGUGUUGUAAGUGGAAACUAUUAGAUGGUGUGUUCAAUUUUAUAAAUAACCGAUUGCAAUCGAAUAUUUCCAAGGUGGUCGACUUUAUCAUCUGUCCGGGUUUAUCAUCAGUACCAGUAAAUAAAUUACCCAGGAAUAACUAGUUUUUGAUUGUUACUACUGCUGGCACAAAUAAAAUUAGAAUUAUUAUUACUAAUCUUUGAAGAAUCAAGAGCACAAACACUAAAUACACUUUUAGC